AUGGGUUCUUUCUGCUUUGCUACUUUCUGACUGCGUGUCAGAGGGCUGUCCACUCUGCUUCCUCCCUCCUGCACUGAACCAUGUGUUGGCGGGCUUAAUCUCUGGACACAAUGUCUCUGCAAAGGCUUCUGCAGCAGCAAGGCAGCAAUGGCAAUCUGGAGUACUGCGCUGACCCCGUCUAUGGCUCCUGCUCCACACUCACGGGCCCGCUCACCAUGGAAGACAACCGAAGGAUUCAAAUGCUGGCAGACACUGUGGCUACGUUGCCCCGGGGACGAAAGCAGCUUGCGUUGGCCAGAUCAAGCUCUCUAGGUGACUUUUCCUGGUCUCAAAGGAAAGUUGUUACUGUGGAAAAGCAGGACAAUGGAACAUUCGGAUUUGAAAUUCAGACGUACAGACUCCAGAACCAGAACAUCAGUUCCUCAGAAGUAUGUACUAUGAUCUGCAAAGUGCAGGAAGACAGCCCUGCUCACUGCGCUGGCCUGCAAGUUGGUGACAUCUUUGCAAAUGUCAACGGUGUGAGCACAGAAGGCUUUACUCACAAACAAGUGGUUGACCUGAUCCGAUCGUCAGGAAAUCUGCUAACGAUAGAGACUCUUAAUGGAACGAUGAUUCACAGAAGAGCAGAACUUGAAGCGAAGCUGCAGACUUUAAAGCAAACCUUGAAGAAAAAAUGGGUGGAGCUCAGGUCUCUGCACUUACAGGAACAGCGCCUGCUGCAUGGAGACACAGCGACCUCCCCAAGUUUGGAAAACAUGGACCUCGAUGAGUCGUCACUAUUUGGAAAUCUCCUGGGGCCGAGUCCAGCCCUCCUGGACCAGCAGCGACUGUCCAGUGAGAGCAGCUGUAAGAGCUGGCUGAGCUCCCUCACAGUGGACAGUGAAGACGGCUACCGGACAAGCAUGUCUGAGGACUCCAUCCGGGGCGCCUUCAGUCGGCAGACCAGCACCGACGAUGAGUGCUUUCACUCUAAGGAUGGAGAUGAGAUUCUGAGGAAUGCUUCUUCCAGGAGAAACCGAAGCAUCAGUGUCACUAGUAGUGGGUCCUUUUCUCCCUUGUGGGAGAGCAAUUACUCAAGCGUGUUCGGGACUCUGCCCCGGAAAAGCAGACGGGGAAGUGUCCGGAAACAAAUUUUGAAAUUCAUCCCUGGCCUUCAUCGUGCUGUGGAAGAGGAAGAGAGUCGCUUUUGAUGGGCUGCAGAGACCUUUUGAAUUGGAUUGUUUCACAAUCCUCUCCACCCACCAAGAUGAACUCCUGGCUUAGUGGGAAAGUACAGAUAGACUGCGAAGCUCACAUCCCAGUCCAUGGCAGCAUUGACCUUUAAGUUCUUAUACUGUUAUUUUUGAGUCUUAUAUCAGAACUUAUAUUUUUUUCAAUCAAUAGAGCUCAAGUUCUAAGCAGACAUCAAGAGAGGAAAGUAUUAGGUUAAAUAAUGUAAUAAUAUGUCUGUUCAUUCUAAUGCUGGCUGGGAAAGUACAAAAAUAUUUAUUAUACUGACCACACAUAUAAAAAAAGUGGAGAAUUCUUAGAUCAAGUGUGAAUAUGGACUGAUAAUUAUUGGGUUGCUUUUCAUAUGUUAAUUUGAUAGACUACAAAACCUCAUGGUUGCUUAAUUUACACUGUAGCCUCUGGGGGAGCUCUUUCACAGAGAGAAUUUAAGUCGUUUUUAAACCAUUAAAGCGUCAUGAAAAAUAUGACCAUCAACAUCUUCUCACAUCAACAGUGUCAGUGAGGCAGGAGAGACGCCUGGUAUAGGUGCAGAGGAGAGCUCAUGGGAAUGGUGCCCUACGACACUCCCCACUCCAUCUCUAAACAAAAUGAGUGAGACUCAUUAUUUCUGCCCAUUUCAAUUUUUAUUUUCCACCUGAACAUGGAUGACAAGGCCAGAAAUCUCAGGAUCCUAUAGAUCUGUGAUUGUAUUUUGCUGCAAAUGUCUAAAGUUCUAAAAAUGAGAAUGGGGAAAUAACUUUUCUUCUGUAUGUUUUUCUCCUGCUACACCUCAUUAAACAUUCCACAUAGGUGUCCCCGCUCUCAGUUCCUUGUUAGCCUUGUUUGUAUUCGCACGUCAGUCAUGAUCUAAGUUAUCCAUUAAACUCUUCAUUCUGGUGACAAACCUA